AUGUUCAGUGAAGACGAAUUAGAAUUGCCUGAAGGUGAUAGUACGUUCGUUGAGGGACGUGACACUAUCAUUAUUCUGCGAUUGAAUAUCGACGAGGUGCCAGUUGAAUUGGUAACGCAAUGUACAGUUGAAUAUCCCCUCUAUUCGAAGCCAAAUGUUUUUGUGCGAUGUAAUCACGUGAAUGUUGACUCACUGAAUCAGCAGAUUCGAUCAUUCGUUAACGAACUACAACUUGGUGAACCAAUUAUUAUGACUAUCGUGCAGUGGCUUCAGGAAAAUUUCAGCAUUUUUAAGCUUUUGCAAUUGAGCUCUAUCUCCGUUCCUUUCUCAACAAUACGUCGAUAUUUUCAGUUGGAUAAUCAGAAUAAUGAAUUGUCAUCAGAAGAGUGUGCGAGUAAAACGAAUGACUCAAACGACAGUGUGGUAUAUGCUCGUUACUGGAUCUAUUCGCAUCAUUUACGUAGUAAUAUUAAGCGUAAAGAUAUCGAAUAUAUUGCAAAACAGCUCGACUUGAACGGUUUCUCAUGCCCUGGUAAACCGGGUAUUAUUGUUGUUGAGGGAGAGGCGAAUUCGUGUAAAGAGUUUUGGGAGAAAGUUCGUGGUUGGACUUGGAAGCAUAUCGUUGUGAGGCACACUGAGGAAUCUUCAGAGGGAUCUGAUGGAUUUUUACGCUUGGAGAAAUUCAAAGAAAUUAUUUUUUCAUCCAAUGACGGUAAACGUAUUGAGCUGGGUGAUAUGAAAAUCUAUUUACGCGAUCAUGAUCUUGAAUACGGGUUUGCGAUUCUGUUGAAUUUGUGA